AUGAAUAACGAUAGUUCCAAGAUACUGCAGGGACAAAAUGUCGACAAGGUUAUACAACAUUCUAACGCACAGUUACAAUUUGAACUUGUAGAGACGGCUAUUUAUCACGAUGCUGAUUUCCACGAUUGGAAAACGACCAAAUCUUCGAGCGAAUAUCCAGAUUUGAUUGAUUUUACAUCACAUGAAGGUCAUAAUUCAGAUACACUUCCGUCAGAAAUAAGCAUUAGCCUUAGAGAACUUAUCGGAUCCAUUAAAAAAAAUGACAAUGACCACAAUAAUUCUGAAACUAUUCAAGACACAGUAACCAAAAUUACGCCAACAUCACAAAAGUCGACAUCGGACAUUUCUUCUACUGUAGGAGAAUCCUCCAAAGAUCAAACAUUUAAUGAAGCAAAAAAGGCAAUACAACUUUGGAAGAAGAAUGAAGAAAUCUGCAAAGGAUCGCAAAUAAUUAAAUCACCAAAUUCGGCAGAAAUUUUUAAAGUCUCCUCACAAGAAGAAAUUAAGGCUAGAAAAGCAGCAUUAAAUGAUUCACAAGAAAAAAUAAGGGCAUGGGUUUUAAAAGUAUGGCCACGUCCUCGUACUCUUGGAAUCAGACAAAUGACAGAAGGAUUAACAGCUUGCAACUUAAAGAAACGAUCUUUAAAUCCUUUAGUAGUUGGAGUAAAUAUAAUUACUCAAUCCAAACCCAUGGUUUUAACCGCCACUGUUACCGGUACUAAAUAUAGUCGUAUCGACAAUUGUCAUAAACCAAAAAUUGUUAUGGAUAUAUUAGAUUUACGUCAAUAUAUUCUCAAGCAUUGUCCAACGUACCAAUAUCCACCAAUUAAAAAUAACAGUGAUUCAUGGGACGAUAUCUAUUUCCUAAAAGAGAUAUUACCAAAACUUACGGAAGAAGCUAUAAACGUUCAAAAUCAACCUGGAUUACUUUUGACAGUUAAAGAAGUUAUUAUCCGAGGUUUGGAAGGAAAUCCUUUAUUUGAAUGUAAGUUAUGUGCUGAGAAUACAUCAUAUUAUUCAAAUUCUAGGUUUUUUAAUCUUAAAGGAAUUUACAAGCAUUUGGAAAGUUCAAGACAUAAGAUUCAUUUUCAUAACGUUUAUGAUUACCAUAUCGAAGAUUUUAUUCAAGUUAACCCUAAAGAAUAUGUCUUGGCUUUUUGCAAAGAGCUUCCCCCGAAGAUUUUUUCACUUGAAAAAAAACAUUAA